ACUUCUGUGGACUUGCCAGCACUGCUUCAUUUAUUCAUCCAACAAAUAUUUAUUGCUGAUAAUCUCUGUGGAAAGAACUGGGGAGAUCUGUAGUGAGCAAGACAGAAAGUCUCUGCCCUCUUGGAGUUUACCAUUCUAGCUGGAGAGACAAAGGACUGAGAGUUUGCCUCCUUUUAAGAAUAAAAAAUCAGCAAAAGAGUGGGCCAUUUGUGUCUCGUGACUGUCCAGUGAGUCACAGCUCACACCACAGACUUAACCUGAGAGGGCACUGGGACUCUUGGGUCCCGACGCCUCUUGCAGCCCUUGGGAAGUCCAGCUUCUGGAUUGUGGGAAGAGAAACCAGAACUUAGAUGCCAAACCUGAACUGACCCACACGGAGCAGAAAGCCGCUGCUCAGUCCUCACCAAGGAGAAAGGAGACCCAGGAGCACGCCGAAGUCGGAUGGUACCCGGGACAGCUCAUCGCACCGGUCACCUGCCUGUCUCCACGCAUGGCCGGCACCGUGCUGGGCGUGGGGGCCGGCGUGUUCCUCCUUGCCCUGCUCUGGGUGUCGGUGCUGCUGCUGUGUGUGCUGUUGUCCAGAGCCUCCGGGGUAGCUAGGUUCUCUGUCAUUUUCGUGUUCCUCGGGGCUCUGAUCGUCACUGCUGUCCUGUUGCUCUUACCCCGAGCCAGCGAAUUCCCAGCCCCCGAGGCUGAGAUGAAGAUUGUGGAUGCCUUUUUCAUCGGCCGCUAUGUCCUGCUGGCUUUCCUCACUGUUGUCUUCCUUGGAAGCCUCUUCUUGGUGCUAAUCCAUCACAUCCUGGAACCAAUCUAUGCCAAACCACUGCGGUCCUACUGAGCACCCUUCAGGAAAACCAGACCCUAUCUUCUCCCUCACUUUGAUGUCACUGAUGAGCAGAAGGACACUGUUCAGAGCCUUGUUUUGGCAGCCUUCAUACCUUAAGAUCAGAGGAACAUCCAUCCAUCACUAAGACAAACCCUGUGAGUCCUGGCUUGCAGAAACGGUUGCAAAGUUGCCCCUGGGGAGAGAGUCGCACCAGUUCAGGAGGGAUAUUACUGUCUUCUUAGCCCCGGUACCUCAGGUUUUCAGUCUCUUUUGAAAGGGAAACAGCAACAGUGAUUUGCUUACAGUAGAUUUUCAAUCAAGACAUCAGUAAGUGAAUUUUGGGGAAAGGAGCACUUUGGCUUCUGCUGUCCAAUAGAUGGAAAAACCUGGUCCUUUCUGAUAACUCGUAAAAUUCUUAGUUACAAGGUCAAGAUCAUUUGAAAAGGGUAGGUGCCAAAGUUCGAAAGGUAAUUUUCAUGUGAUGACCCGGAAACGUUCAGGUGUCAGUUAGGAGCACUCUGUGCACAUCACGACUCAGGGCUCUACAAGGGUAAUGGUGUCCCUUCCUUCUGCUCCCAAGAAAGUCAGCAGCAGCCAGAAGACCGACUUCCACCCCAAACUCCUGGCCACAGCUUUCUGAAUCUAGUGUUUCUAUGUUUGGGGUUUACUCGGGGGUAUGGAGAUGUCGGUUGUUUGUCUUGCUGCUCUGUCUCUCUGGAUUCUUUUUCUUCCAGGAUUCAGUAGCCUUUGUUGCCUUAUUUAGUUACUGUAAGAGCCCAUUUGGGGUAACUGUCUUCUCUUUCAUCUUUGUAGCUCUUUCUCCAAAGCUGGUGAGGAAUGUCUAUUCCUAGGGUCAGAGAUACCUUAUAAUUUACACCUAAGCCCCCAGCUGAAGUGAAAUAUGUCAUUACACGGAGCGGCUCUGGGCUGGUUCCACUUUGGAAGUCUCAUCCCGGCUCCCGAGAGCUGUUUGAAGAAGGAUCUUCUGGCUUAAAAUGAAAAGCCAGAAAAAAAAUUGGAAAAAGAAAUUUGAUUGAGGACAUGCUAUAUGCCAGUAGUACACUAGUCUAUUUUUUUUUAAUUUUUUCACCAAUGUAAAUGACAGGCUUGUGUGUUAAGAACAAAAAUGCAUUUCAUACAAAGGGUAGUUUAGCCCGACCUGCCUUCUGUUGGCCCCAUAACUACCAGCAGAGGUGAAACGGAUGCUAGGUUACUUUCUACCUUCAUAUGCAAAGUCCCCACAGGGUUGGGAUAAGAAGUAGAAUGCUGGGAGGCACAGCAUGAAUUUCACUGAGUUCUACAUGGGGCGUCCUGAUAACCAGUGCCGAAUACGGCCCCCCUUGUUUUCACGGCCUUCCUGGGGGCGAGGCUUAGAGGACAUCCCUUAAACACGAACCAUCUCAUUCAUGGUUCUUUGAGCGAUGGUCUUAGAGCAGGUUGUGCAACCCAGAGGGGAUCCCAUGACAGACUGUGAUGAUCCCGCUGUUGCGAAGUGGGGGAGGGAGGGUGAAUCAGGGUUUUUAUAUAAGAAAACAGGUUAUUUCAUAGCCUCUUAAAACUGUGUCCUGACAAAAACUAAAUUAGCAGGAGGCCACCCUAUCCCCACAAUGGAGACGUUCGUCUGAUCCACUAGGUGGCGCUGUGUGUUACGCUUUAGAAGUCUCAAGCCACCAAAACACACUAGGUUAAUUUUUUGACGAGUUCCUUGUGUUUCUCACUUAUAAAAUAGAAGUAAAGCUAACAUUUUUUGCUGAUGCACGGGAUCUGACAUUUCAUCUAAAAAUUAAUCAAACUUACUGUAAGAUGCUCAGUUAUAAGGGAGUGCUCAGCCAUUCAUCCACACUGCACAGAGCAGGUGUCACCAUUCACUCAGCGUCCACUGUGUGCCUCCUGGGGGUAAAGCAUGGUUCUGCUGCAGUAAAUCAGCCCAAGGAUGAGACUCUGAGGAAUCUAGGCUGUCUUCUUCACUCCCACCCUGGGAGAAGGGCAUCCAAAUCAUUUAACAAUAUUUUAAUUCUUUAAAAAUUUUUUAUAUUUUUAUUGAACUGCAGUUGAUUUACAGUGUUAAUUUCAGGUGUACAACAAGGCGAUUCAGCUAUACAUAUACAUACAAUUAUAUUUUCUUCAGAUUCUUUUCCAUUAUAGCUUAUUGCAAGAAAUUGAAUAUAGUUCCCUGUGCUGUACAGUAGGUCCUUUUGUUUAUCUAUUUUGUAUAUAAUAAUGUAUACCUGUUAAUCCCAAACUCCUAUCUUAUCUCUCUCCCCUCUUCUUCCCCUUUGGUAACCAUAGUUUAUUUUCUAUGUCCAUGAGUCUAUUUCUGGUUUGUAAAUAAAAUUUGUAUCUUUUUUUAGAUUCCACAUAUAAGUGAUAUCAUAUGAUGUAUGUCUUUCUUUGUCUGACUUACUUCACCUAAUAUGAUCAUCUCUAGGUCCAUCUGAAAUGUUUUUAUGCCAACAUAAACUAAUCCAUUUCUUGUUCUGUUCUCUAAGGCAGAAACUUUUCUAUCACCUCUGUCUCAUUGCCGCUGCAGGUGAAGCAUUUUUGUUUUCCUUUUAUUUUUAUUCACGUGUAAAGAAACCUGCUGCAGUUAUUUCAGAUGAGAAACAGGCGGAGAUUUUUAAAGUGGCGCAGUUGGUGGUGGGGCUCCAGCUUGACAUCGGGCGGGAUUCCUGACGUCUCGUUUCUCAGAUAGUUUAAAGAUCGGUUUUGACUUUCCCGACAACUCCUUAUUUUUUACAUUGGUUAAUCCUACUUCUUCACUUUACCCACCAUUCCCCUGAUGCAUAUCCAAAAAUGGUGAACGUUUCAUUAAGGAAUUCCGAAUUGACAUUUCCAGUACAAGUAACAAACAUUUUAUCAUAACUUCCUGGCUUAAACCUUUAAGUAUUUGGCUCUUACUACAUAGGAGCAAGUUUCCAGCCAUGGGAAUUGAAACUGCAUGGAAAUGAAUCUGGAGAAGGGUUGACGAUCCUCACAGGAGCAUAAAAACUCGGGCCUGAAAGGGAUGUUGUAGUCCACCAAGUUUAACCUUUACUCUCUGUCUCAAUAGUUGGGAAUAUUCUUUUCUUCCCAUGCUGGAAUCACAACUUUUAUUAUAUUUAGCAAACAAGCUAGACAUUUUUCUAGGUAUUAACUUACGUAAUCCUCAUGGCAACCCUGUGCAAUAAGCACUCAGCACCCCCACUUCACGGACGGGGCACAGACACAGAGGGGCGAGGUGGUUUGCUUGAGGUCACUCAGCGAGGGAUUAAAUAGGAGUCGGGACCUGAGGUCGGGCAGUCUAAGCUCUUAACUGCUUGAUACUCUGUUGCUUCAUAAGAUGAAAACACAGGGAAAGGAGGGACCAAGGUAAUACUGAGGAGAAGCAGCUGAGUCUAGUGGAAAAUCCAGAAUCUUAGGGAUUGGCCAGGAAUCAGGGCCAAGUUUAAAGGUCACGUGGGGCCUCAGGGACAGCAUCACCGUUCACCUCUGGCUUUGGCAGGUCUCUGUGCUCUUAGACUUUGGCAUCCCCCUCACCUAGAGAUACUCACCCAUGGGGCAGCUUGUGGAUCUAGUGACCAAAGACUUACACAGCAAUCUCUCUCUUCAGCACUGUUUUCUGUCUACCCAGAAAGUUUGAUACUUGGGUUGGUUUUCAGAAGUGCCGGUGGAAGAAUCAAGGCCACAAGCCAAAAAUGUGCAUAUGUUUCUUGAUCUCUGUCUCUAGCAGAUCCCGGUGGUUGCUGUUUACUCAAGGAAAAAAAAAUGUUUCCAAGUCCCUGCACUGGCACCCCAACACACACCCUCCUGUCUCAGGUUCCUGGGACCUAAGAAAUGACAGCAGGGAUCAAAAUCGGGCCCAGAACCAUAGACAGAAUGAGAAAGCUCAUUUUCUGGUCUUGCUCACAUGCUCUGGACACUGUAGAAGGUGUGCAUCAGCCCUGAUCCUGCCUGCAGAGAGCUCUCGGGGUACUUACACACGUGGCAGCUAUGCGGUACCUAGGUGCUCCAUGGCCAUCCUUCCACUUAAAAAAAAAAAUCUUUGAGAAUUUCUUCAGUUUUGCUGUCUUCAAAUUGAUAUUGCCCCCGUUUUACACUGGGGACAUGUAAUAGUUUCCUGUCACUGCUGUAACAAAUCACCACAAACCGAGUAGUUCACAACAAUACAAAUGUAUCAUCUUACAGUUCUGGAGGUUGGAAAUCUGAAAUGGGUUUCACGAGGCUAAAAUAAAGGUUUUGGAGGCUCGA